AGUGUCCCUGACAAGGGAUGGGCAGACUGCACCCGUGAUAAACUGGGAACUAAUUUGACUGAACUCUGUUGAACCAAAACCUCUCUUCCGCUCCCAUCAUGUUGUCAUUUCAUUACGGGGUGGUCUCGGCUGUCUUUUGAACAUGCGGACCAUAACAAUGCCAAUGCUCUAGAGACGCACCGAUCAGCGAUUGGUCAGCCUCCUCCCAGCUGGGCCGGCCUGUCCAAUCGCUGGUCAGUCCGCAAAAACCAGUUACGAUCCGCGCAUCUGAACGCCCAUCACGUUGCGCACAUGGAUCGGGUCGAGGUGACCACGCCACACCCAGCUAGCUGACCGACGCGGAGUGCCUGCCUGCCCGUGUUGUGUUGGGGGAGCGGCUUGUGUAACAGCUGUGUAUCAGCCAGCCACCAGUAGCGCCGCGCCUUGAAGAAAUGAGUACGCAGAGGAGGCGGCGCAUGCAGCGGCCUCUCGGUGCGACGGGGGCCGAGAUAUAGCAGUCGAGGAUAUUCGGGCGCAGUUUUUAUUCGGGUGCUUAUGAGUUUUGCCGUAGCCGGUUCUCGGAGGAAUGAGAGGCCUGUGCUCGGGUCUGAAAAUGGGGUUGUUUUUGCACGCUGUUGGCUCUGUCGCCCCCACCGAGUCGGCAGCGGACAGGAACCUGCUGCACUGUGAAGGUGUCAACAACCAGAGCUACUUCUGUGAGUCUGGACACUGCUGCGGAGAAUCCCAGUGCUGCAGUUACUACUACGAGCUCUGGUGGUUUUGGUUGGUGUGGGCGAUCAUCUUCAUUUUGAGCUGCUGCUGCGUGUGUCACCACCGCCGCGCCAAACACCGGCUGCAGCAGCAACAACGGCAGCACGAGAUCAACCUCAUCGCCUACCGUGAAGCACACAACUACCCAUCUGUGCCCUUUUACUUCAGGUUUCUGCCAAACUACCUCCUGCCUGACUAUGAAGAGGUGGUGAAUCGGCCGCCGACUCCUCCCCCUCCCUAUAGUGCCUUACACACAGGCCCAUCCUCUGUAGCUUCUAGUCCGCUGGCUCCUGAGCAGCAGGAGGGACACUGUCCAACCAUCCAGUCCUCCCCGGUGCCCCCGAUCUCCGACAGUCUGUGUUGCAGACCCAGCAUGGAGGAGCUGCAACCUCCCACUUUAGACUUAAGGCCAAAGCCUGACAACAAGCCCAUGCAAACUGCACAAGAUUCAAGCGUGAUACUCCUCUCUGAUGCGGUGGACAGGGAGGGACUCACCGGCCAGGAGAAAAGAGCCGGGAGCGGGGACGAUUCCUGCCAGGACGCCCCGCAGAAGGAUCUCGGCCUGUCGGAGGGCUGCGCCGAGGACAAAGAGCGUCUCCCCGGUGGAAGGAGGAGGCGGAUCACGGGGGACUCUGGGAUCGAGGUGUGCGUGUGCGGCACGCGCGGGGGCAGCGGCUGCAGCGCAGGCGGAGGGCCCGGCCAGGAGGGCGAGGAGCUGAGGGAGCUGGAGAGCCUGCUGGGGCCCGAGGUCGACGAGGAGGAGGAGGACGAGGAGGAGGAGGAGGAGGGAGAGGAAGCAGGAGACUUCUGCGACAGCUGCGGUCACCGGGCCUCGCUCGGCGCGGAGGAGGAGCAGGCGCCGGGGGGGCCGGAGAGGCGAGCCGGACGCGGGCCAGCGGGGACUCUGCAGUCGGUUCACCACGCGGGCAGCGGCUCCCUCCACCCGCCCGUGUGCCUCCUCCUCCACACCAUCAACGAGCAGGAGGGACCGUCCCACAGCACCAGCACUGAGCCGCAAGGCUGAAGCACGCACCUCCGUCACAGAGGGAAGGAGAGCACGACAUUGCUUUUGUAUCUGAGCAAGUGUUUCAUGUCCAAAUGCCUUCUAAGCGAGUAUUUUUAUGCAUCUUAGAUAACACAGGUGUGGGAGCAGUCGGGGGAUCCGCCGCAAACCGGGUGAGAUUCAAAGGUUCUUCCCUGCACCAGAACUGUGGCCUUAACCUGUGUAUUUUGGGUUAUAUUUGGGCAGUACAAGUUCUUUAACAGCCUGUGGCACCUGAUACUUCUCACACCGCACACGCACACAGUCCUUCAGUUGUCCUUCUCAUAAAACACAAGCCACUGACACAGUCAAAGACUCGAUAGCUGAAGCCGUGACGUCGGGACAGGACAGGACGUUCACUGCUAAGGAUGAAUGCGGCUCACCUCAGCGGGCUUUUUGCAACAUUUCUGCAAAGCCGUUCUCUGUAAGCAGUGAACUACGUAGCAACACGGCAAGCAGCAGGAACAUUCUGGAUGAGUACAUUGUGGAAAUACGACAGCGUGUGUUUAUACAAGCUGAUACGGUACGGGGACACCAGAACGAGACUGUGCGGGACGUCCCAUAGACUCACGCUUCUAAAGUGCUUCUUCAGCAGUUUAAUAACCGCUCUGCCUUGUUUCUGUUGCUCUAUCAGCACGGCUAGUGAUAGGGAAGUGUUAAGUGCAUUAACAAACAUGUAAGCAGUUCCUAGUUUGCACAAGAUGUGUUUAUCUUUAUAAAUGAAGCGUUCAGCAAAAACAAAACAAAAAAAUUAUAAACAGAAAGUGCUUAGUUUUUUAUUAAUUAAGUCUUAAACUGCAGAACAUGAUUAGUUUCUUGCGGUUUUGUUGCAGUUUUGUGAGAACUGGAUUUUGUAGGGAAUGCAACGGACUUACUUCAUAUACAAUCAUUUUGAGUUUGUUGAAUGUUUGUAGUAUGUGCCUACCCAAAAAAAAAGUAACAUUGUGAUGAACAAUAAGCUUCAGACCCUGAGAAAGCAGGUACCAAAAACAAGACGAGAAUGUUAAGCUUAAAGGUUUCGAGCGAGAUGGGCAACGUCAGACCUCAAACUUUAGUGUCAGUCGGUGCAUCGCCCCCAUCACCAGCUUCAAAGUACAAAAUCAUCAACCUUUUUGCACUCUUUAUGUCAGACUUUCAUAUCGACGCAUUUUAGCGUCCUUCGCCUUUGGUUUUCAUUCAUUCAACAUUGGAACCGUUUCUCGAAGGAUCCGAUCACCUGGACUAGAGCGGCUUUCACCAAAACAUGGCCUGAAAAGCUUUCAUGAAUGUAUCAUGUUUUCGUCUUUUACGAGACAUUUGCUCCUUCCCCAGCUUUACAUAAAGGUUAUUUGUCACAUAAUGGCCAUGGUUGUGAAAUGAAUGGCAUGAGUUUACUUAUAAAUAACAAGUAGUCAACCUAUCGAGGCGAUUUGGAGAUAAAAUUUUAUUGCGGUUGCAGCCGGGUUACUUAAUUAGAUGAAAAAACAGCAGGACACUUGCCACUGGAUUAUCUGUAAACAAUAGUCUCCACAACAUUAUAGUGAAGUAUUAAUUUCUUAUGAUGGGCAAAGGUUCUUCACACAGGAUGUGAUAAAGCUACAGGCCAUACUGUAAAACACAGCUGUCAGUUACGUACAUGCAGCUUGUUUCCCACAUGGAAGUUUUUCCCCUCGUUUGAGAAAACAGAAGUUGCACACAGAGACCAGGUGGAGGGGAUGGUCUCAGCCUCUCAAUCCCCACAGCAAUUUGUAUACACUGAGAAGACACGUGCUCGCUUAGAGUACACUACAUUGUUUAUAGUAAUAUAACCAAGCAGUUCACAUGAAAAGCCUCCAGAGAGUCUUCUACCAGGCCAGUCAAAUAGUUUGAACGGACUUUAUGUAGUGAAAGACAGAAUAAUAACAAUCACGUACAACUCAUCUAGACACCGUGGUGUUGAAUUAGUUUACAACAAAAUUAAUCUGAUUGGUUGUAGCAUUCACUUGUUUCGUGUAGAGGUACUUUUUCUCUUCAUUGAUUGGUAGCACACGUUUGGAUUUUAUUACGGGGUGUGUUUCAGUCUCAACUCUGGUUAGAAUUCAUUCAAAACUUGCAGCAGCAGCCGUGGUACAAUAGUACUUUAGAGCGUCCAUCCUGUGUGAAUCCUGUGUGAAACCUUUUAAGGAAGUUCACUAAGUUUUCCAUCCUCUUCAAAGAACUGGCGAUGCCAUUUGGUCUUGCGAGUGUGUUUUCCCGUCGGAGAGCCCACGAAUGGUCCACACAUUUCAACGUCUGCAAAGCACAAAUGUUCCAACCACUGCACGAGAUUUUUUUCCCAAAAUUUACAGCACAGGUGUAAUGUAAACUUUCUCCACCCAUCCAAGCCCGAACUCACUCUGACGUGCUGUACAUGCUAACAAUGUUUGUAAACUAGAAAGUGUCAUUGUGGAAUUGUGGAACAUGUAGUACAAAGAUGAGCUAUUUUUCAUAGUGACUGAUUCCUUUAAAAAGUAACAGAGCUGGAGAGAAUCUCAAAACCACUUUAUAUUUGCAAUUUGUGUACAAUAUUUGUGUCUGUGAACCAAAUAGUUGCUUUCGUAAUUUUUAUAAAAUCAUUAGCUUUAUUCUUAUGGACAGAUUUUUGUUUUCCAUUAAGGGUGUUACCGUUUCCUGUUGAGAUUUAACUUCUUUUGAGACUUAAAGUUCUUUAAAGGGUACAUUUGACUAACAGUACAGUAGCGGAUUUGUUAACGUCAGGGGCAUCUUGCCAAAGAUACUUUUCUUUCUUAGAGUGUGUUGUUUUGCACAUGUUCUUUGAAUGUUCUGAUCAUAAGCCAUUUAUUACAACAACUAAGGUGGAUGUAUGUUCAAUAAACAUACUAAAUUUA